AUGAGUGCGAAAGUGAACAAAUCGGUGGUUGUGUCGAGUCGUGGGUCGGCGUCAGUCCGGCAACAGUACCGCGUUUUGGACGAAAGCGGUCGCAAUCGGCGCAGACGUAACCAAUUGGAUCAGUUAGAGAGGGAUAACUUCCACGACGACCCGCACGCCAACCUCUCGAUGCACAAGAAGGCGCCCAAAUUCGAGGACAACACCAAACAGACCACUCAAACGGUGAGCUCAGCCCAGAGGAGGCAUCAGUUGCCGCGCUCUCGGAUGCUUACCAUCAAUAACCUCAUCGAAGAGGACUCCAAGACUCCGGAAGCCUAUUAUGCCAACUGUGCCGCCCCUCCGCCCACCCCUUACUCCGAGUCCGACAAAAGGGUGUCAUUUGUUCCUCGGCGUCACUUCUGCAGUGUUUGUGGUUUUGUGUCAAACUAUACGUGUGUUAACUGCGGAAUGCGUUACUGUUGUCUCAAUUGCCUUAAGACACACCGCGACACCAGAUGUCUUAAAUGGACCGCUUGA